CGGCACCACCACAGGACAGAGUGCAAGAGCUGAGAUUCACUGGAGGAGACAUUGUGUUUGUUUCUUGACAUUCUGGGGGUAAAAAAGAAUGAUUACGAUCACGGAAUUUCAAAAGGUUGGUGUCGGAAUCUCAGCUUUUGGCAUCUUUUUUAUCCUGUUUGGUGUGCUGCUCUAUUUCGACAGUGUUCUCCUGGCCUUUGGAAAUAUUCUCUUCCUCUCAGGCCUGGCCGUAAUCAUUGGCCUGCGACGCACACUUUACUUCUUCUUCCAGCGCACAAAACUGAAAGGCUCUGCGUUUUUCCUUGGGGGAGUGCUCAUGGUGCUGCUGCGAUGGCCUGUCACAGGGAUGAUGCUUGAGACGUAUGGAUUUGUGGUCCUAUUCAAAACCUUCUUUCCAGUGGCUUUCGGAUUCCUUGGUUCACUGGGCAAUAUUCCAUUUUUAACAUCGCUCUUCAACAAGCUAUCAGGAAGCAGCACCUCCUUGGUCUGAAUUGGACCAGCUGCAGAAUCAACGGUCGACAUGUCAGUGGAAGAAGAGGCAAGCAAGUCAACAUGGACAAUGAGUGCACCUGUCUUCUGCCUUGGAGACAAAAAAAGAACUAUGUAAUCAUUAUUUAUUUUUUUCUUGAAUAUGCACAGCAGUGUUUUAGACAUACAAGGUAGCUUUUUGUGUUACUGACUAAAUAAUGAAAUGUUUACAAUGUGCACAUAUUGUUAAUUGCGUAUUUUACAAAUAAAUGUAUUUAUAGGUGUGUGACUAUAGUAGAAGUAUACAUUUUAUUCAGAGACAGACUGAUAUUGCCACAUCUUAGAUGGAGAUGUAUAACUCCUUUCUUAUUUUUGAUGACUCUUAUGGUGUUCUUGGCCCAUUUCUUUUCCAUUUUAUUUGUCUUGCAUAGCAUGUUGACAAAGUGGUUAGCACACCUUCCUCACAUCUCCAGGUCGCUGGGCUUGAUUCCUGGCUUGGCUACUCUUUUAGUAGUAUCUGUACGUUUUCCUGGUGUCCACAAUGGUUUUUCUGCAUGUUCUCUAGUAUAACUGAAGGCAACUGUGUAAAACUAGUGAUUCCUACAAUAAACUGGACCCCAUCUUUUCAUUUUGCUCUGCCCCUCAUAAUUCUGUAACUAACUUAAAUGGGACUGAUGAAAUGAAUUGUCCACAAAUGAGUAAUAAUUCUGUAUUUUCAUGGUGUGAGGAUUUCCUGUGAUGAACUGGCACCCUCACAAGGAUUGACUCUUGUCUUAGAACAAGCCCUCUAAAACCUCUCAUUGGAAUAGAUGUUAAGGAAAUGAAUGACUUCCUUAAUUUUUUAUAUAUACCAAAUCAGGGUACCUAUAGGAACCAUGUAUGAAGAACAGCAAUUUUUUGAUUUUUUUUAAUACUUUGUUAAUCUCCAAGAGGAAAUUGUCUUUUUGCAUGACCUUUUGGGGUCUUGCUCAAAAGUAGGAUCCUUUCUGAAAAUUAUGGGAUUUGAACUGGCAACCAGAUACCAGCAGAGAACCUUAGCCACAGAGCCACCACUCUGCCUAAUAACCAUGACUCCACCUAAUGAGAAAGCACCCUGCAUCACCCAUCUGGCGAUGGGUUCCCUCUGUGGCAGUGUGAACCUGUGGUUACCUUGAUAGUGGAAAAGCAACCCUCGACAGAAUCAUCAAUCGCGUUUGAGGCAUGCAGCACCAUUGGGGAGGGUCUCAAAAGACCUCAAAAACCUCACAAUCUUUACGGUAUGAAUUAAAAAGUGUUCGGAAACAAAACUAAACUUAUUCUCAGAUAAGAAAGAACAUUUCAACAUCAAUAGAGGAUUUUCAGAAAAAAAUAUUGUGUCAGUUCUUCCACAUCUAUCAGUCAUUUGUGUUUCCAUCUCCACUUCCCUGUUUCUGUCCUGGUCCCAUAAACUGAAAUGUCACUUUGACACAAGUAUCCAGACCCUUUUCUAUGACAUAUGAAAUUUGGCUUAGUUACAUCCCAUUCUAUUGAUCAUCAUAUAGAUGUUUCUACACCUUGUUUGGAGUCUACCUGCGGUCAAUUCAAUUUGCAGUCAAUUCAAUUGAUUGCAGAUGAUUAGAAAAGGCAAACACACUUGUCUAUAGAAGGUCCCACUGUUGACAAUGCAUAUCUCAGAGUAAAAAUCAAGCCAUGAGGUUGAAGGAUUUAGAGUUUAGAGACAGUAUUUUUUCUAAGCACAGAUCUGGGGAAGGUGAUAAAAAAUUCUGCAGCAUUUAAUGAUCCCAGGAGCUCAGUGACCUCCAUGAUUCUUAAAUGCAAGAAGUGUGGAACAACCACAUCUUUUGUUAGAGCUGGCUGCUUGGCCAAACUGACCAAUUGAGGGAGAAAGGUCUUGGUGAGCGACAUAAUCAAAAGCCCAAUAGUCACUCUAACUGAGCUCCAAAGGUCUGUUUGGAGAUGGGAUAAACUAUCUGAAGGACAAACAUCACUGCAACACUCCACUGAUCUGAACUUUAUGACAGAGUGGCCAGACAGAAGCUUCUCCUUAGUAAAAAAAACACAUGGAAGCUCACUUGGAGUUUGCAAAAAAUGCACCUUAAAGACUUUCAGACUAUGAGAAACAAGAUUUGAUAAGGCCAGUAUUAUCAUCAUGGAAGAACCCGGGUACCACCCAUAACCUGUUAAAUACCACUUGAGUGAUAAAGCAUGGUGGUGGCAACAUCAUGCUGUAGGGUUUGUUUAACAACAAUAGAGACUAAGAGGACAAGGAAGGUUUGACAUAAAGCAGAACAGAGCAAAGUACAGCAAUGAGAACCUGCUCCAGAACACUUUGGUCCUCAAACUAAGCCAAAGGUUCAUCUGUUAACAGAACAACGACCCUAAGCACAAAGCAAAGACAACACGUUAGUGACUCACUUAGGGUUAACUCUGUGAAUGUCCUUGACUUGUCCAGCCAGAACCUAAACUGGAACUCAAUUAACCAUCUCUAGGGAGACCCGGAAAUAGUGGUCCACUGACCAAACUCACCCCACCCUGACAGAGCUCAAGAGGAUCUGCAAAUAAGAAUGGCAGAAAAUCUCUAAAUCCAGGUGUUUGAAGAUUAUCAUGUCAUGCCAAGAAGGCUGUAAUCAGGGCAAAAGGGUCUAAAUAUAUGUGUCAGUGAUAUGAUAUGAUAUUUGAGUUUUUUACUGUUUAAUAAAUUUCCAAAAAUGUCUAAAA